UGCCAGUUGAUUUUGACUUCCGUAUGAUUUAGAGCUUCAAUUUGGUACGUUCAUACUUUUGUUCGUUUUAAAACCUGACACAGUUCAUCCGCAAAAUUCAUCUAUGAACCAAUCACAUGCUUUUUUCAAGGUCACGUGCAUAUCCAGUGAUACCUUGUUCCAACACCAGCUGCUAAUCAGAUCUAACUUGAUGGAUUUGGAUGUAGAUGUCCAACAUUUUAACGACAGCGAAUCGAAUUGAUUUAUAUAAGCGAUAGCCAUUUUGAUUUAUCAACAACAAAUUGUUUGUGGCAAUUUUUUUUAAAAACUUCAAGAUUACAAUAAAAAUAUGUCUUAAAGUUGCUUAAAGCGGUGCUAGUGCGGAUGUCGAAUUGAUCAUCCAGGAUGACGGAAUUCUGUAAAAAGAACCAAUCAUCCUCAACAUUUACUAAUACACAGUUCCUGCGAGUUUCGAUUUGUGACAACUUGUUCAGCAUUGAUAUCGUUUUCUUUAAUCGUUUUCACAUCAAUGUUCUGUAUCCGCUGCCACUAAAAUAACAUAGAUGCAAGUUUUUACUGAAAACAAAGCCAAGAACACUCCUUUAAGUAAACGAACGACGGCUUUAAUCUCUUUUAAAAGCAAGUUGUUUUGAGGCUGACGAAGUCAGAGAGCAUAGUCAAGUUAUCAAGAAACAAAGGAAGAUGCAGCGAACAUACUAAUGCUCAACUAUGAACUCAACAAACGCCCAAAGAGUAUCACAAGGAGCAACAGUGCUCUACUGCGUCGUCCUGGGAGCAGUUCUCAUGACCGCUGUGUUUGGGAAUUGCUUAGUCCUUUUGGCAGUAAAAAGGACCAGAUCUUUAAGGAAUACAGCCGCUAUUUUAGUUGUUAAUCUAGCAUGUGUGGAUUUGGCGGUGACUGUAUGUAGCUUGCCAUUUGUCAUCGUUACUGCUUCGGCUCAACAGUGGGUGUUAUCAAGAGAGGUCUGUACAGCCACAGCGUUCAUGAAUGCAUUUUUUGGAGCAGCUCAGAUCAUGGCAUUACUUCAUAUAAGUUUGAAUCGAUUUUUGGCCGUUACGUAUCCUCAUUCAUACCACACGAAACUAUCUAUACGAAUCACGCUCGCUAUGGUUGUCACGGGCUGGGUUUAUUCCUUCCUCUGGACUCAUUUGCCGUUUUACGGUUGGGGGUCCCUGGGGUUUAUCAAAGGGACUCUCUUCUGUAAUAUUUUGUGGUCACAGCAGUUAAGCUUUGCAGUCACAGCACAGGUAUUAUGUUACUUUAUUCCGUGUAUAAUAGCUGGAAUACUAUAUUUAGUGACCUAUAUUAAUGUACGUAAGCACUGGAAGAGAGCGAAAGAACGGACUCAAUCAAUGAUGUCACUAGGUGAAACAAACAUAGCCGCAGCUGUCACGCAAUCCAUGGAAAUAGUCACAGCUUCGGUAACGCAAUCUGCUGUGGAAGUGACAGUAAAUCAAAAAGAUUUAGAAUCGGGAAAAUCCAAUCGUGAGGCCGCGAGAAGCGCAAAGUCAAGCAGAAAACGACGAAGAGCGAUGGAAAACCGCGUGACUAAGACCCUUCUGGGAGUAGCCUUUGGUUUUGCCGUGUGCUGGUUCCCACGAGGGGUCGCAAAUCUAUGGGCCUUAUUCAUGGGUCGAGAGAUGGUCCCUAUUGGUCUAGAGUAUGCUUCCACGGCGUUUGUGUUCAUGAAUUCAUCUGUAAACCCUGCCAUAUAUGGUGCCCUAAACCAGGAUUUCUACAAAGCUUUCAUCAGUAUAUUAUCGUGCCAGAAGAUCAAGCGAAGUCGGAGUGAUUCGGAAAUCCCGUCUGGAUCGAUGUCACAAGCCUCGUCUUUACGACUGGGGUCAUGUAAUCUUCACGUGACUGCGAACAGACCCCUUGGGGAGAAUGGAAACCAUAGUUCCAUGGGAACAAAGUGAGUUCCCGACGACUGCUGAAU